AUGAUAUUUGUACUGUUCAGUUUACUGAUUUUAUCAAUAUAUUCCAAAGAAUUGAACACUACAAAUAUGUAAGUAAUUUCAUUUUUUCUUAUGACACGAAAAUUGUGAUUCAGAAAAGAUCGUUUUCAAGUAAUUCGAGCUCACGCGGGAAAUGUUAAACAACUCGAAGCUCUUCGAAAUAUCCAUUUAGAUACUCAACAUGAAGUCGAUUUUUGGUUGACACCGAAAAAAGUUGGACAUCGAGCUGAUAUUAUGGUUAAUGAGGAACAAAUGAUGUGGUUGAAUGAUUUAUUGAAAACAAAUAAUAUUACUUAUGAUAUUAUUAUUGAUGAUGUUGAAAAGUUAGUUUUAAAAGAAAAUAAUGAAAUGGGAACCUUUUUGGAGACAUUUGGAAAAUUGAUAACAAUAUUAGAGGUGGGGAAUAAAAUUUGCGGUACUGUAUUUCAUUUUUACAAAGAUUUUGUGGAAUGCAGUUUGGGGAAGCUUUAAAAAUCAAUUCUGAAGAACUUGCAAUUGGACCAUUUUUUGAAUUCUUGAAAAUCAUUCUGAAUCGGAUCAUUUUACGCUACGAGUUACGUUGGUGAUAAAAUAGUUUUAAAAUUAAAUAUUAUUGUUCGCAAUAAAAGUUUUCAAGUUUCUCCAACAAAAUUACCUUAAUUAUAAAUAAAUCAAAAAUCACAAAUUUCCUUUUUUUAGAUUAAUAGUUUCUCGGGAACACGGUAGAUCAAAUCGACUUUCUCAUGUUUUGUUGAGUCGUCGACAAAGAAAUGAAGGUGGAAAUCGAGCAAGAUUCAAUUUUGGAGAAUAUCAAUCAUAUCAAACAAUUCUUGAUUGGAUAAAAGAUAUCGAAACAAAAUAUCCGGAUAGAGCGAAAGUAUUUACAAUUGGAUAUACUUCAGAAGGAAGACCAAUUAGUGGAAUUAAAAUUGGAAAAGAUGUUCGAAGAAUUGAUAAAAGAAUAUUUUGGAUUGAUGGAGGAAUUCAUGCGAGAGAAUGGGCUGCUGUUCAUACUGUUUUGUAUUUUAUUGAAAGAGUUUGUUUAUUUUCUCAUAUUUCUAAUUUUGGAAAAAUUAAUAAUUAAAAAUGUUCAGUUAAUUGCUGAUUAUGAAGAUGAUGCGAUAGUUCGAUCUGCUGUUGAUAAUUUGAAUUUCUAUAUAAUCCCAGUUGCAAAUCCAGAUGGUUAUGAAUAUUCUCGAAGCGAUGUUUCUCCAAUGAUUCGACUUUGGCGAAAAAAUCGAGCUGGAGUUGUUUGCAAAAAAGAUCGAUGGUAUCGAGAUCGUUGUUGUGGAGGUGUUGAUUUGAAUCGCAAUUUCGAUUGGUAUUUUGGAGAAGUUGGAUCAAGUCGCGAUAAAUGUUCGGAAAUUUAUCAAGGAACUUCAGCAUUCAGUGAAAAAGAGAGUAAAGCAAUUCGAGAUAUGAUUUAUUCAGAUGAAAUGCGUGGAAAAGUUGAUGGUUUUAUCAGUUUACAUACAUAUUCUCAAAUGUGGAUUCAUCCAUUCAGUCAUCAAAGAAAAACUGUGCCAGAAGAUAUUGCAGAUAUUGUGAGUUGGCAAAAUUUCGUUAUUUUGAAAAAUUUUCAAAAAAAAUUGUAUAACUCUACAGUGACCCCUAGUUUUAUUUUGAUAUCCAAAAAAAUCUCUCAUAAAAAAUACAUUUUAUCCAAUAAUUUUUUGGUCAAAUCCUAAAAUUCAAUUUUCAGGAAAGAGUUGGUCGAGCUGCGGUUUCAGCUCUUGAAAAUACAUAUGGAACAAAAUAUAAAUUUGGAACUGGUUCAGAUAUUCUUUGUAAGUUCAUUCAUUUUCCAAGAGUUCCAAAUAUUUUCUCUAGAUCCCUCAUCUGGAGGAUCGGAUGAUUGGGCGAAAGGAAAAGUAGGUGCAAAAUAUGUAUAUCUUCUCGAACUUCGACCUGGCGAAGAAGUCUGGGAUGGUUUUAUUCUUGAUCAAAGACAAUUAUUACCAACUGCAAAAGAAACAUGGAAUGGAAUUAAAGUUGUGAUAAAAGCAGUUAAUGAUCGAGCACCUUCAAGUUGGUUUCAUAUUUUUUCAGAUAUUUUGUUGUUUUUUUUCUAUGUCGCAUGCUUUUUGUUUUAUUUUCUUAAGGUUUCAAUGCUCCUUCUAUUUCUAUCCCUAUUUCUAUUCCGAUUUCUUCGACAACACUUCCAACAACAACAACUUCAAUACCACAAUCUACAUCAACAAUUCCUUUCCCAACUGAAUUUCCGCCUCAAAUUACAAGUACAGUCAAGCACUUAGACGCUUUUUAUAAGUUUGGAAAACGACGCUUUAAAUUUGUAUCAAUUCGAACAUUUUUGCCAACCACGCCUUUACCGCCAGCACGUGUUACAGUACCCGCUUUUGCACCUACAGUACGCUUUGAAAAAAUUGAAAAUGAUAGUAAAAAUGAAAAUAAUAACAACGAUAAUAAAAACGCUAAUAAUGAUGAAUUAAAUUAUGAUGAUGAUAUUGUUGAAGGUGCAAAACGGAUAACAUUAACAAGGCGGCCAAUUAAUGCAAGAUUGGUAAGAAUUAUUUUGAAAAAAAAAUUAUCGGGUGGAAAAAACAAAAAAAAAGUGUUCAAAAAUCUCAAAAAAUGAGAAAAUAGGUAAUGCUGGAGGUCGAUAAAAAUUUCAAUCCCUUAAAAAUUUCGGAACUCUUCCAGAUAAUUAUGAUGUCAAUUUAUUUUAAGAUUUUGAAUUAUGUUUUUAAAUUCUGCGGUUUGAGAGCGUGGAUUUCAUAAGUUUCAGAAGAUUUCUUAAGACCUUUUUUCAUCCUAAGAUUAUCUUUUCGAAAUAACUUGUAUUUACACUUCAAAAUGUUUACAACAGGGUUAGAUAUUUUUCCAGAAAAUACAAUUAAUCAAUCCUUUUCGAUUUUUCUAGUAAACAUUAUAAAUUGUGUAAAUCUAUCUUUUUUGCCUCUUAUAAAAGUCAUAAAUUGAACACAUGUUUGUUUUUUCUCCCGAUCUGUUUUUUUUUUCGGUGAACAGACAAACCAAAGAACGAAAUGAUAAUUCAGGGAACAACACAACGUCGACCAUCAACAACACAACAAAUACUUCAGCAGACUGGAAAUUCGAGAAAUGGUAGGAAAAUUGGGUUUGAAAGAUUUUGUAGAACAAUUUCCUGAUUAGAUAUCCUGAAGUCUUUCAAAACUUUGGGACAUGCUGAAAAAUCAAAUCUGGAUUCAGACGGAAAUGUGGCCAAAGAAAUCGAGCCUCUGAUCUCCAAUUUUUAAAUCGAACACUCAAAACGAAAUUGUACAAUCUUAGAUUUUGACACUUUUUGGAACUUUAAAACCAAAAAUUUCUGAAAAAUCAUAGGUGUUCCAAUCCAAACAAAAAGUAGGGCCACUCUGGAAAUACAGUCCAAGUACAAGUCCAUCCUUCAAAAUCAGAUUGUUUUUUUUAAUUUCAAUAAAAAUAAAUGAUUGCCAGGUGUAUCAUCAUCUCGAAGUCGUUGUGCUGAUCGAAGCACUUGGUGUUCAGCUUGGUUAUCUGCAAAUCGAAAUGUUUGUCAGAUUUCAUCAAUUUAUAUGCGACAGGAUUGUGCUAGAACAUGUCGAUUCUGUUAA